AUGAGUUCUUCGUAUUAUGUGAGCGCUCUUUUUAGCAAAUAUACGACGGGGGCUGCUUCUCUCUUCCAAAAUGCGGAGCCUACUCCUUGCUCAUUUGCUACCAACUCCCAGAGAAACGGCUAUGGACCAGGCGCUAGCGGAUUCACCUCCUCCAUGCUUGCCUUGUACAAUGUGAACAGUGCCAUAUAUCAAACCCUGUUCUCUUCCGGAUACAGCCUGGGCUCUGCUACCUACAACCUUCAUUGUUCCUCUUUUGAUCAGAACAUUCCCGUCUUCUGCAAUGACUUAACCAAAUCCAACUCUGAGAAAGCGGAGGCAAGCAACCUGCACAGCCAGGCUGAGACUAAUUUCCGGAUAUACCCCUGGAUGAGAUCUUCAGGUAUGGGGGAGCGGGUGGGGGAAGACCAAAAGCCUUCAAGACUUCGACCUAAGGUCUACCAAACGCUGGAACUGGAGAAAGAGUUUCACUUCAACCGCUACCUGACUUGCCGGCGGAGGAUAGAGAUCGCUCAUGCCCUGUCCUUGACCGAGAGGCACAUCAAAAUCUGGUUUCAGAACCGUCACAUGAAAUGA